AAGAAAUUCCACUAUGAAGGUUCUAUCCAACUUACUAAAAGACUCAAGAGACGAAUGGCUUAUAAAUACGACGAUUUCCUUGAAUGCAGUUAAUCCAAUAGUUGAUAGGAUAAUGGAAGACGAGUCGGUCGAGGGAGUUGUGAUGACUAACAAAGAUGGUUCACCUAUACUAACAAAUAUUAAUGUCAUGGGAGCAACGAACUAUGGAACCGCAAUGAGGAGGUUGGGAUUCAUGGCUCAAGCGGGAGUAAAGGAGAUUGAUCCAUUUGAUGAAGUUCUAAUAUUAAGAUUAAAAACGCAAAAAUUGGAAGUAAUGGCCGCCCAUCACUCUGAAUUCAAUGUUAUAGUUUUACAGCAUUCAAGAGUAUCGAAGUUUAAGAAGUAA